AUGUUGAUCCAACAAAAGAGCUAUCGUCUCGUAUCAUCUACGUCUUCAUCACUAAAUACACCUCAACUGUUAUUCGAUCGAUUCAAACGUCAACUUUCCGUCAGCUCUCGACCUAUCAUUCUUCCUGAAUGGUGUCAUUGUGAGUCAAUACCCUCCUGCCCACAGGGUCUACGUGGUCCACCCGGCGAUCCAGGUCACAACGGAGAGCCUGGCAUUCCCGGAGCUCACGGCUUGGAUGCAAUUCCUUCACACUCCGUCUUUAACUGUGAGCAGCCAUUACCACAUCUAGGAUGCAUCAAAUGUCCUCGUGGCCUUCCUGGACCUCAAGGGCCUCAAGGGGCAGCUGGUCCUCGGGGACCCGAUGGUGCACCGGGUCGACUGAUAUUUUCGAGAGCUGGUAGACCUGGUCUACCGGGUGCACACGGAGCAGUCGGUGACCCAGGCAUACCUGGUUCAGUUCUCUUUGUUGAUAGGGUUGUGAGGUAUCCAGGCCUCGUUGGACCCCGAGGACCACCAGGUCGAUCUUUCAUACUUGGUGCUGGCAACCGUUUUCUGAAAGGACCUUCAGGCCGUCCUGGGCCAGUCGGACGACGUGGGCCAUCAGGUUUACAAGGAUCAGUUGGUAAACACGGUCCUCGUGGACCUAUUGGACCACUAGGGAAGCGUGGUGAUCCUGGAAUACCGGGUGAUAAUGGUGUUCGUGGCGCAGAUGGAGAAGUGGGAGAAGAUGCACUCUACUGCUCAUGUCCACCAAGAUCGUAUCUCCUUGUUGGCUCAUAA